AUGAUGCUCAAAAAGGAAGUUCUCCUGCAUACUCCUCCCUCUAGUCCCCAAUCUGAUGAUGCUCAAAAAGGGGGAGAUAAUGAUGAUGAUGCUGCUGAUGCUGAUGAUAAUGCUGAUGAUGAACCAAAAGAGAGAGACACCGAAAUUGUUCAGCCUGAAUCACCCAUGCCGACGCAUAAGUCUGACUCUGCGGGGCAUAAUAGUCCAGUAGCUACUGAAAAGCUGGUUGAAGAUAGUGAGCAUGAUGAUGAACCAGAUGAUGAAUGUCAAAUACUGGAUAUGAACUUCAUUAAUCCUCUUAUUCCAGUUCAAGAAGAAAGUUCUGAUGAUCUUGAUAAUGAAUCUCAGUGUCCAGACAUGAGAUCAGUCAAUCCUGUUGCUGAUCCCAUUAUUCCAGUCCAAGGAGAAGAUUCGGACGUUGCCAGUGAAGACUCUCAUCCGCUUUCUCGAAAGCGUAAGGUAGCAGAUAAUGACUUGGCUCAUUCUCAAACUGAUACUUCUUUGCCUGCUAAGAAACCCAAGUCCAUACUUCUAAAGAACAUUGCUCAAGAUGAUGAAUCUCUUAUUUAG